AUGUACCCCAUGACCAACACGGCCGUGACGGCACAGCAGCGGCUGCAUGACACUGCACAGUGUACAUGUACACGCUAUGACAUACACGCCGUGCCUGUUUCGAAACGGCUUCGGCUUGGGUCCCUUGCGGACGGAUUCCGUAGUGGAAGAACACGCCCGCUCGCUGAUUUGAGUGCGCCUCGUGUAACUGAGCAACAGCAGCCUGCCGCAUCGCAGCGGCAAGCCGUACCAACGGUUCCAGCGGGGCCCGCAGAGGACGGCCGCCAGCAGACGGCGGCUACUGCAGAUACACAGCUGGAGGGGCGUCAUCAGGAUGCAGACCCUUCUGCUGCAGAAGUACGAGAGAGAUGGCGGCGUCAGAAAGCUGUGCAGCGUGCGGCAGCCCUUCCUGAGUUACGGCUGCUGCAGCGGCAGCAGGACGCUGCGCGGCAUGCGGCUGCCUGUGCUGUCCCGGAGGUCAGGGCACAGCAGCAGGUUAGGGCGCAGCGGCAGCAGCGGAACACAGCACAGUAUGCAGCUGCACUCGCUGACCCGGAGGUGAGGGCACGGCGGCAGGUGAGGGCGCAUGAGCAGCAGCAGAAUACGGCACAGCAUGCAACUGCACGUGCUGACCCGGAAGUGAGGGUGCAGCAGCAGCUGCGUGACGCUGCACGGCAUGCAGCUGCACGUGCUGACCCGGAGGUGAGGGCGCUCCAGCAGCAGCGGAAUACGGCCCAGCAUGCGGCUGCGCGGCAGGUGCAGCAGCAGAAUCAGCAAGCCGCCCCUAGGGAUACGCUGUUGGCUCGCAUGCACCGUCUUCUACGAUUCGCAGACCUUCAUCAUGGUGACGUGAUUGAGUUGCCCGAGUUUCUUUUGGCGCUUCCAGAGGGCCGCGUGCAGGACCUUCCUGGCGGUCAGUUACCACCUGACAGGCAGGUGUGCUCGGAGGACCAGUCGACGGUGAUGCACUGGACGGAGAUUCCCAACGUUGACAUUUUACGUGCCGACGUCAUGUGUACGGAUGCUGUGCAGCGCUGGGGGCGUACUCUGGUGUGGCGGCGGAUGGCGCGUACAGCUCAGGGAGACGCACCGCCGCCACCUGAUCCAGUCCUACCUGCUCGGUAUCGUGUUAGCCGGGCUGAGCGAGCUGGUGCUGUGGAUGAGGACGGCGGUAGUGCUAGUGGAGCAGGCAGGCUGGUGGAUGAUGCGGCGGACGGAGCACUGGACGUGGAUGCUGGUGCUCAGGAGACUGGCGAUCCGGAUUUGACGACGGCUGGGCAGCAGCCCGAGCCCGAGCCCGAGCCCCAGCAGCUUCCACCGGAUCAACAGCCGCGCCCACCGCGGGUGCUGCCCAGAGCCUGCCCGGACGACCCUGCUAGUGUGGAGGUGCCCUAUUGCAUGCGUCUGGAGCCGGACCUGCCCAACCGCACUAUGCUGGUUGGCGAUGGUGCUGCAGAGCACAUAUUCGUAUGCAACAUCUGCCACAAAGCCCUUAGCGCUGCAGCGCUGGCAUUUGGGUGCAAUCAGCUGUUUACUCUGGCGUGCGAGGUGGAUCGCGUCUACACGGCAGAGGCAGCAGCGCAACUGGCCCGCCCUGAAGAUGAACGGGGGGACUGUGCACUGCUGCAACCUGCCGCUGACCGCGCCCGCGACUCUGCCUACUACAGCACGAAGUACACUGGCAAGAGCAUCAACGACAGCCAGGCGCAGCUGACAUGCAACGCUCUUACCCGAGUGCAGGACUUCCUGCUCGCUGGAAGGACGCCAACUCCGGGUGCUAGUGGGCCCACUGCCUUUGGCAACAUGUGUGCCACUGUGCAUCGCAUGACCGCUGCCAUUACGGCUGGUAUGGCGCUUGUCGCCAUGAAGCUGGACGGUCAUUCCACCUUCGAGGCGACGUUCGAAAGCGCAUACCUGCAGGUAGACGCGUUCACAGCGCUAUCUGCGGGCGCCGAGCAAUCUCCUGAGGCGGCGACUACAGCAGCAGUACUGGUGGAGGCUGAGGAGCAUGGCAGUUUGCAUCGGGCCUUAUGUGUGGAGUAUGUUGUGGGCCCGGCUUUAUACCCUAUACUUUGCGUGUUCACCACUGCAUCUCUCUUCCUUACAGCAACAACCUGUCCGCUUUACAAUUCGCGCGCUGCAUCUUCUCCUGUAACCGGCUUCGCACGUUAA